UGCUGCCAUUGAUCGAGACACACUCUCUUGCAGUCUUCGUUUCACGCUCGACUUUAACGGUUCAUUUUGGGGGAACUAUUACUGCCUACUGCACAUCCUACGAUCAAGGCGCGAGUGCUAAACGGUACUAUUACUCUCGCUAGCUAGUUAAAAGGUGUCAUUACAGAGAAAGAGCGGAAGAGAGAGUGAGUGUGUUUGUGUGUGUGUCGUGCGAAAUUGAGAGGGGAAGAAGGAGGAAGGACCACCCGCGUCAGCCACAAAUAGUAUAAUUUGUACCAGCGACUAAAGGAAUAUAAACAGGAAAAAUGGGUAAAGCUCAGAGCAAGCGUUCCAUCGACAUCACCACCGAUCCCAAGAAGGUGGCCGAGGGCGACGAGGUGGCGGGCAAGGUGGAGAAGAUUGACGUCGACCAGAAGGCCGAUGCGCCGGCGGUCAAUGGAGAUGCAGCCACUCCCAAGGAGGGCGGAGAUGAAGCAGCAGCUGGAGAGAAAAAGGAUACAGAGGAGAGUUCGGAGAACGACAAAGAUCUGACCACCGAAAAGAAUGCGGCUGCUGAGGCUGGCGCCUCCGGAGAUGCUGCCGAGACGCCAAAGGCCGAGGAGGGCUCCCCCAAAGAGGCCGCCGCCGGCGAGGAGAUCACCCCGCUCGCCGACGAGAGCAUCAAGUCCAAGUCCAAGAAAGACAAGGUCAAGAAGAAGUGGUCCUUCCGCAGCAUCUCGUUCGGCAAGAAGGACAAACAGAAGCCAGCCAAGUCAGAGGAUGCUGUGUCGCCCACUUCAGCCACAACGUCGCCGACGACGGCCGAGGCAGCAGCUGCUCCCGCCGAGCCAGCAGCAGCCGCCACAAAUGGCGAAGCCGAGAAGCCAGUGGAGGCCCCUGCCAGUGAGGCGGCGUCCAAGGAUGAGGUGAAGCCAACUGAGAACGGAUCAGCGACCGAACAGGAGAAGCAAGCCAACGGAGAGGCCGAAGUUGCGGCGCCAGCACCAGCCACAGUUGAGGAAGCGGCGCAGCCGAAACCAGCUGAGGAAACACCCACUGCCACUGUUACUGCCACUGCCACCGAGACGACCACCGCCGCUGCCGCCGUAGCUCCCACUGAGGAAGUCAAAGAAGCCGUCAAAGAAAGCCAGGCCGAGCCAGCUGAGGUCGUGACCAACGGACAUGGAGCCGGCGAUGGAGAGGCCCUGACAAAUGGAUCCAGCAACGGACUGGCCGAGUCUCCAGUGACCGAAACGGCCCCAGCAGCAGCCGAGAACAUUCCAAGCAACGAUGAUGAGAAGCCUCACCAGAAUGGCACCAACGGCACCGCCACGCCCCCGCCGACUCCAGUGGCCGUCGAGGCCGAAAAGGGACAACCAAUCGAGGCCAUCGAAGACGUGAAAGCGGAAGCCAGUCAAGCCGAGGAGGAAGUGGUAGCGGCCAUCAUUCAAGCAGUUAGCAGUGCCGAGGUGGAAGCGGAGGCGGAGGCUGAGGGAUUUGUAGUGGUGGCUACGGUUCCCACUGAAAUCGAAGCUCCUGCUUCCAAUGCCCCUGCUGUCGCAGCCGAAACUGUUCCCGUACCCGAAGUUGAAGCUGAAUCUGUUGUGGCAGAGCUGGCGAGCAGCAGCCCUCCCCCAUUGCCCAAGUCCCCGCCUCCGUCGCGAGUGUCCGCUUUUGUUCUGUCCGAGGAUACAAUCGAAGAUCAGCCGGUGCCGGCAGUCACUUCCAUCGAUACCGAUCGUGUCGAGAUCGAGCAGCAGGCCGUCAGUAUUGUGGCCGAGAUCACCGAGCAGGCGGCGGAAAUCGUCACCGAAAGGGAGAAGCAAGAGGAGGAGGAGAAGGAGCUGCCUGUUCCGGUUGAGGAACAGGUUCCAGCUCCCUCUCCUACUCUUGAGGUUGAUGAGGAAAUUGUAGAAACCACCAGCACAUCCCUCCCAGCCGAUGUGGUUGAGGAGAGUGUCCCUGCUCCCGUUGUAGAGGAAGAACCUACAGCAGUUGCAUCUUCGGAGGAAGAUAACACUGCAGUUCCCUCUGAACCAGAAACCCAGGAAGUGGCUGCCCAGGAAACCAACGUAACAGAAGUCUCUGCUGAGCAGGUUCAAGAAGAGACUCCCGAAGAACCCAUCGCCUCCACUGAGCAGUCGCAAGUAGAGCCACUUCCCGACCUGGUCAGUAGAGACGCCCUCCCCGAAUCCCUCCCAGCAACUGAAGAAACCCCUGCCGAGCAGACACCAGAGACAAUCCCAGAACCAGUCCAUGCUGAGCCUGAGCAGCUGGAGGAGAUUAAGCCAGAGGCCACACUCGAGGAAGAGCCAGAAACCAAGGAGGAAGAAACAGAGCAAGUAGUUGUAUCGGAGGAUGCGCAUAGCGACAGCGAUAACGAUAAGGAGAACGAUAACGAUAACGACCUGGUCGGAAACAUCAUCAUCAGCGACUUGGAUGCGCCCGUGACCAAGUCGGGGCCUGAGCUGCUGGCGGAUCUGGAUGUGGUGAUACCCGCUGCCGCUGAGGAGGCCUCGAGCCGAGACAACAAGGUGGAUCUCGCCAAGGAUCUGAAGGAGAAGAACGCCGCGGCAGACGUUACAACACAGGAACAGGUGCCCGUUACAUGCGAAUAAUCCUACUCAUAAUUAUUAUAUAUAAUAUUACAUAUUAUUAAAACAAAAAAAAAAAACAAAAACAAAAAACAAACGAUACAAGCAACAACAAAAGAACGCAACGUAAAACAGCAAAAAAAAAACAACAAACAAACAAUUACAAGAUAAAAACAAAAGAAACAAAACGAAAAACAAGUAAAAAUACAUUUUUUAAUAUUUACAUAUUUUAAAUAAUUUUUGUACGAACUUCAUAUCCCUAAUUCAUGAUAUUAUGCAAGCAAGAAACACCACCACCACCACCCACUACAACCACCAACCACCACCCACUUAGCCGCCAAUAGUUUUGUAUUGGCAUCCAUAAAGAGGAAGAGGAUGGGGGGGAUCCACCUCCACCACCACAUUCAUCAUGCACACACACAUCCACACACACACACACGCGACUACAUACCAUUUCUCAUAGUGAUGAUCGAUGAUCGAUAGUCGAUUAUCGAUUAUUGAUGAUCUUGAUCGAAAAAGCAUCGAAAUCAGCAGAAAAGAUGAAAGUGAGAUGAAUUUUUUGAAUAAUUUCUACUAUACAUUUAACUGUAAGUUCGAAGAAAUUUGUAAAGAAUUUUUGGACGAAAUAUUGGAUAAAAUAUAUAUUAUAAAAUAUAAAACCCCAAAGCGUGCUUCACUCUCCACCGACUGGAAAUAAAUACAAAAAAACAAAAACUGAAAAAAAACAAAACACAAUUUUAAUGAUUUUUUUAUAUUAUUUUUUAUUUUUGUUUCGAGUCCCGUUUUUUUUUUUUUUUUAGAUUUUUUCUUUAAUGCACUAGAAAAAAAAAAAAAUUUAUACAUUGUACAAGUAACUAAGUGUUACAAAAAUAACCACUCUUCUUGGUUAAUUGGAGUAAGCGCUAAGAUUAUGUUCUAAGUUCUUAAUAUUUCAUAAUGGUUAAUUUUUAAACGUAACUAAAUGUUACAACAAACGAACUACUACAACAAAAAAAAGCUCCAACGAAAGCUUCCAAAGCGAAACAAACAAAAAACAGAGAAAAUAGAAUCGAAAAUAGUAAUCGUGUGCGUCUUUUGCAACUAAAUAGAGAAUCCUACUAAGAGAAACUAAAUGUAUUCAAUAAAUUAAAGCGCCAACAACAUGGCAUCCUGACAACA